AUGUCAGACGCCAACGGCAAUCCCAGCACCUCGAGGCCCCCAGAAAGGCCCACAACGCGACCAGAGACGCACGAGACGGCGAGGGCGCCUCGACGCUGUGUCCACAUCGACUUCAAGCCUGCACACAAGCAGAUCGCCCACUCCCUGCCUUCCUUCAAGAACAAACGCCCAAACAUCAACGCCCCCCUCCCACCUGAGCCGGCCCUUCUGGCACCCCUACCGCGAAAUCGGUCUACGCCAUGGUCAGCUUCUUUACCUCUCCUAGUGCUGUGUCUAACCGGCUUUCCGACGCUGGGUAGUCCAGCCUGGCCACAUUCUACUUCAUUCCCCGGCCUCGUGCUACCUCCGCUUCCCGCCUCAAGACCUACAAAGACCCCUCGCACGGAGCUCGUGCUCAAGCUGAGGCAACACCCGUUGGCCAAGACAGGCCUGCGGGACUCGAAGCGCAGGCCAGUGUCCCUUACAGGAGCAAUCUUACAAGAUGCCGCAAGCUCAACCGGAGCCAAAGAAAGUGUGGGCAAAGCUGGAGUGCCGCACCCUCUUCUAAUCCAAAGCCUGGCAAGGUCUACCUACGAGACAGGCCUUGGGUUCUCUACAGAUGUAAGGCCUAGCGAGCUGCGGAGCAACCCCUUCCUCUGCCGUCGGACCGGCUAUCAACGGCACGCUUCUCAUCGACGAUCAACCCAAAUCGAAGAACAAGGCGGGGAAGGACACCGCCGACACGUACGCUACUACGGUCAGAGCCAGGUGGGAUGGUCUCCCUCCUCAUUUGAAGAGAGCCGCAGAUGCGUACACUAUUAUGGUUGCCUCGAACACAUAAAGCAUCUCUGUCUGAUCUUCGAGAACCUUGGUCAACUAGAAUCCCAAGGGACAGAAGACCUUGACGUGGAUGAGGCAGCUGCUGGCCCGGAGCGGAUUGCACGGGGCGAGAUGGGUCUGAAAGAUCAUAACUCCUAG